AUGCGCUACAUCCCAGUAGCGGUAGCGCCCUUGGUAUGCCUAUGUCUUCUAUCCAGCACCUCCGCAUCACGUUUUCAAUUCAGUCUGACAUCUCGGACGGAGGAAUGCUUUAUGGAGACAGUUAAUGCUCGCGCCUCGGACAACAAAGUGCUUUUUCGCUUUGGCAUUCUUGAGCCAGAAAUAUACGAUGUUGUUGACGUUGCGGUUAAAAGUCCGUCACAACGGGAAGUGAUGACUUGGAAAUCGGAGCAGAACAACUUUAAAACGGCUGUGAUACGCGAAAGUGGUUUGUAUCACUUGUGCUUUCGCAAGCUCAAGGGCGCGUCAUCUAUAAUCACGCUAUUCUACUCGUUUGACUUCAUAUCGACUGGUGUCCGGAGCUUAACUCUGAUACCGAAUGUGACGGCGACGAUCAACAAAGACACUCCAACAAUCUCUGCAUAUAUGCAGAUGGCACUGACCACGCUAAACAGUGAAGUAAUUAGAAUGGGGGUCAUGGAGUUCGAUCUCGUGGGCGUCUCGCAAAGUAUCAUUCGUGGCAAUACUCGCGUAAAGCUUUUGCUUACGGUGGACAGUAUCACAGACGAAGAGUAUGUGGAUAUAGCACUAGCAAUGCUGCCUGACCGCAUGCAGCAUCCGAUCACGUGGAAGACAAUGGAGAGUUAUGCUACAGGUGGAUUUCGCGACUAUGUGAUUGACGACGCCGCGACGGAGCUUGGUAGUCAUGUUUCGUUUGAUAUCACGGAAAUUUUUGAGAAUAAGCUUAACGGUCCUGCCGAAACAAUUACAUUUUCAAUUCACGCACAAGAAAAUGGUGAUGCUGUCGUGUUCGGUACCCACCACGUUUCGGAGGAUUACUUCCCGCACAUUGUUGUUGAAGAUCUCGGCUUAGAGCUGAUGCACGAAGUCGCGUACUUCAAGGAGUCGGUCUUUACUCUCCGUGGCGAUAUCUCGUUUAUCAAACAUCGAGAAAGAAUGAGUCGUGACGCUGCCGAGAGUGCUAAUUCCCGCGUGAAGUGGAUGUCAUUAAUUACCAACAUUCUGCUCGUUGCAAUUGCUUUUGGACAGGUUGUCUACAUUCGCAGUAUGCUUGAAAGUAGCUACUAA